GAGACCUGCCUGCUCCCUGCCCCGUCCUCGCUGAGCUCCAGCAUGGUGUGUCUGCGGUUCCCCGGAGGCACCUUGAUGGCCACUCUGAUGGUGAUGCUGAUGGCACUGAGCCCUCCCAUGACUCAGGCCAGGGACACCCCACCAAAUUUCCUGGUGCAGCAUAAGGGCGAGUGUCAUUUCUCCAAUGGGACCGAGCGGGUGCAGUACCUGGACAGAUACUUCUACAAUGGGGAGGAGUACGCGCGCUUCGACAGCGAUGUGGGGGAGUUCCACGCGGUGACCGAGCUGGGACGGCCUGACAACGAGUACUGGAACAGCCAGGAGGACCUCCUGGAGGAGAAGCGGGCAGAGGUGGACAGAUACUGCAGACACAACUACUGGUUGUGUGAGGGAUCCCUGGUGCAGCGGCAAACUGAGCCCACAGUGACCAUGUAUCCUGCAAAGACCCAGCGCCUGCAGCACCACAACCUCCUGGUCUGCUCCGUGAGCGGCUUCUAUCCGGGCCACAUUGAGGUCCGCUGGCUGCGCAACGGCCAGGAAGAGGAGGCCGGGGUGGUGUCCACGGGCCUGAUCCUGAACGGGGACUGGACCUUCCAGACCCUGGUGAUGCUGGAGACAGUUCCCCUGCGUGGGGAGGUCUACACCUGCCAAGUGCGGCACCCCAGCAGCACCAGCUCUGUCACCGUGGAAUGGAGUGAGACGCCCUCUGACCUCACACACCUCCAACCCAGAGGGGCCUUUGCUUGUCCCUGAGGGUCAGGGUCCCCUCUCCCCACACCCCGUUUUCCUUUGCUCUGUCUCUCCUUCAGCACAGGCCACAGGGUAGCCCUGUGAUGGCUUCUGUGAACACCCACAGCCCUGGGAGGCCGCUAUGCCUGCCCUGCUCUGAAUUCCCCACACUCUCCCCUUCAUGGUUCCCUUGGCCCUGGGCACCAUCCCCUGUGGGCUGGGCAGGUGGUUCGGCCUGCACUGAGCUGCCCC